UUAGGUACUAUUCUGGCCUUUUGUGGUUCAUUUGGUGUUACCGCUGGAGCUCACAGACUCUGGACCCAUCGUUCUUACACGGCAAAUGUUCCUCUAAGAGUUAUUUUGACUGUGUUUGACACAGUGGCUUUUCAGAAUUCUGUAAUAGAAUGGUCGAGGGAUCACAGAGUCCACCACAAAUUCAGCGAAACCGACGCUGAUCCUCACAAUGCCAAACGCGGAUUCUUCUUUUCUCAUGUCGGAUGGCUCCUUUGCCGCAAACAUCCCGAUGUCAAGAGCAAAGGAAAGAGUGUUGAUAUGUCUGAUUUGUAUGAUGACCCUAUACUUGCUUUCCAAGACCGAUACUACAUGAUUCUGGUGCUCUUUUUAUGCUUCAUUUUUCCAACAUUGACUCCAAUGUAUUUGUGGAACGAAACCUUUAUCAGUGCUUUCUGUGUCAAUAUCUUCAGAUACAUUUUUGCUUUAAAUGCCACAUGGUUAGUCAACUCAGCUGCUCAUCUUUAUGGACAUAAACCCUAUGACAAGUACAUUAACCCAUCUGAAAACCUGACAGUUUCUCUCCUCGCUCUGGGUGAAGGAUGGCACAACUACCAUCACACCUUCCCAUGGGACUAUAAAACUUCCGAGUUGGGAAAAUACAGUGUAAACUUCUCUGCUGCAUUCAUCGACUUCUUUGCUAAAAUCGGUUGGGCCUACGACCUUAAAACGGUCUCAGAGGAUAUGAUUAGGAAGCGUGUUUUAAGAACGGGAGAUGGCAGCCAUGAAAUUUGGGGAUGGGGCGACAAAGACCAAGACAAGGAAGAUUACAAUGACGCACUCAUCACUCACAAAAAAUGUUAAAUAGUAGUUCCAGAA